GGCCGCGUAUGGAUCACGUGGCGGCGUUGGGUGAUCCGUCCUGCUGUAGCGCACGCACCGCGGAGCAGUUUCUAUCUGGGUUUAGCAAUGUUCAAGUUGCAGUUUCUUUGAAUAAAAGAAGCAACCAUGCAGCGAAGACACAAAGGUUUAAAUGCUGGACUACUACUUCUACUUUCUCAGAUCUAUCAAGUUGGACUUAACAACAUUCCACCUGUCACACUUGCAGCGUUGGCAGUGAACAUUUUUCUCUUUUUACAACCCUUGGAACCGCUGAACAAAGCAUGCAUCAGUGUUACUGAGGGUCUUUACAUGAGAGAUUGGCAUCGUUUGUAUCUUUCACCGAUUCACCAUGCCGAUGACUGGCAUUUAUAUUUUAAUAUGGUAUCUCUGCUUUGGAAGGGAAUUAAGUUGGAGAGGAGGCUUGGAAGUGUGUGGUUUGGAUAUAUACUUUCAUUGUUUUCACUGCUGGUCGGAGUUGUAUACAUAUUUCUGGAACUUAUACUUGCAGAACUUUUGGAUGAUUCUUCAUAUAAACGGAGCUGUGCUGUUGGUUUUUCAGGAGUGUUAUUUGCUUUGAAAGUUCUUAACAACUAUUAUCACCCAGGCGGGUCCAGCAACAUCCUAGGAGUGAAUGUGUCCAAUAAAUAUGCUUGUUGGUUCGAACUUAUAGCAAUUCAUUUAUUGAGCCCAGGGACUUCUUUUGCAGGGCAUCUGGCUGGUAUUCUUGUUGGUCUAAUGUACACCAUGGGACCCCUGAAGAUGAUCAUGAAAGCAUGUGCAGGUGGCUUCAUCUCUCCAACUGUUUUUUCAGGACAAAGAAACAGCUACAAUCCAGACAAUUCUAGAUAUUCUGGUUACUCAUCCUAUCCACCAAGAAACUACAACUUGUAUACUGGUGGACUGAAUGAAGAUGAACAGUUUGAGAGGGCAAUGAGAAACAGUCUAAAUGACAGAGAUGGCAGAACGAGAUAUCACAACAAUGAGAGAAGACCCUAUGGCUUCUGGCUUCCACCAGAAGAGUCAUCAGCCGAGGAACUUAGAAGCCGAAGACUUAAUCGAUUUGAGAGGUGGUAACAUUUUUGAGGCUCAGCUGAAAUAUGUAAAGGGCUUCAUGGCUGCCAAAACAUUGGAUGUCCUUUCAAAUUUAAGCAGUCUCUAUUUCAGAAAAGAAUGUUUUCUGUAAGCCAUCUAUCAAGCUGUGUCGAAAAGUUGAACUUGUUUGACACAUGCAAUUCCAAAGUUGGAAAGGGUUGCUGAAAACUCAAACGCUUCUUAAAGGAUUCAGUACACCAAGGACAAUUUUGAUGCUCUCUUGUGCAAUUCCUCUUCCUAUUCAUUUCAUUGAGAAGUGUUUUGGAAGUCUCAAGAUUAUCAAUGCUUUAUACUUCAGUAAAACCUAAAAAAAGAUUCAAUUAUGCAGUUUAAAUUCAUUUUCAAUUAUUGCCUUCCUCCUCUAGGAUCUUAAAUAUAGAAGUACUUGUUGGAUUUGGAGAAUACAGUGACUUGCUAUGUAACCAACAUUUCUCUUAAAUGUGAAUCAAGCAGAACAGCAACAUAAAAAUUCAUCUGGACUCUUCAAGUCUUUCCUUUAAGAUUUGGUGCAAAAGGAUUUGAUGUUAGAAAAGUUUUAGAUGUAGUUUAGCUCUUCGAAAUGGCAGAUUAUAUUUGGUUCAGACUUGCCAUCUUUAGAGCUGUUGGCUGGAAAGAACCCACCCUCUUUUGGUUCCAAGAUCAUUUAAGACCUACACUUUAUGGAGGGUAAAAGUCCAUUGUGGCUUUGUCUGCAGUUUCUUUGAAUUUGGCUCUUUGCUUGCAGCAUACCUUUUUUUAAAAAAGGUAAUAAAGUAAUAGUCAUUGUAUAAAUAUGCAAAUAUGCUAGGACCAGCACUUCAUCUUUGUACACAGAAGUCCUGAACUUUGUAUUUUUUAAAUAUAUAUAUUGCCUUUGAUCUUUUCAUUCUCAUUUGAAGCAUAUUUUGAUUAUGUUGGUAGAAAACUACGGGGAAAGUUUAAGUAUUGAUUUAUUUAGAUGUCAGAAUGUAAGUUUUCUUAUUGGCAUGGUUCUAUGCUUUUGAAACCUUGACACAUCUACCUCUCUAAAGACUUUUGUUUGGGAUGUAUCCAUCGAUGCAUGCGCACGUGCACACACACACACACACACACAUUGUAUCAUGAAAAAAACAGGUGGAUGUUAAUGUGGCAGAAGUAUAGUUGAUGUAAUGUGUUUGUUUUCUGGAUUUCAUCAGAUCCUCAAGCAGAAAUAUCAAACAUACAACAUGCACAGGAUAUUGUUUUGCUAGGCUUCAAUUUUGCAUUUGUAAUUUCUUUUCUCAAUUUUAUCCCAAGAGGAACAAAAUUCAAAAUGGUUUUGGGCUCUCCAAAUGCUGAAAACUCUAAAGCUUGUGUGUGAUUAGAGGAUUAGUGGCACUGCCUUUGAAUGUCUUCAGUCUCUGACAGAUUUUGCAACCCACUUACUUUAGGAAUAUUUAUCCUGUCUAUAGUUGUAUUGAUAGUGCAAAGCUGCUUUUGGUCUGCAUUCAGUAUUACAUGGUGCAGCUUAUAUACAAAUGUUGUAUUCUUACAUUUUUUAAGAGCAGAUAGCACUGCAUGCUGCUUGCUAUUUAUAUUUCUCCCAUCUUGAUCUUUUUGCUUUGGGUCAAACCAGAUGUGGCAUUAAAUGUAUCCUUGCAUUUAACAUGCACAUUUUUAAAAAAGGCAAAUAGCAGGUGUUGGGAAGCUAAUAAGGACUGGGAUUACAACAAGAAGAGAGAGGGAACUUAACCUUUUCUUCCCUGCUGUGGCAUUGAUGAAAAAUUGCACCUCAAAAUCUAUUUGCAUUGAACCACCCAGAGAGCUUCAAACCGCCCAGAGAGCUUCAGCUAUUGGGCGGUAUAAAAAUGUAAUAAAUAAAUAAAAUAAAAUAAAUAAAAGAGAGUUCCCAUUAGAGCCAGUGGGAAAUGGGCAUUUAAUGUCACAUCUACUUUGGGCUUUUUGAUGAGGGUUUGACUGCAUUUUGCCCCUUACGUUAGGCUUCACUAAUUUUAAGUCAUGUAAAAGUAAGAACCAAUUGUACUAUAAUGAGGCCAAACUGUUUGCCAUUGUGUACCUAAUUCAGUGCAGUUCUCCUGCUUGUGGCAAAUAAAACAUCCCCUUUUUAAAGCAA